AUGUCGCUCUCCUCUCUUCCAACGGAGCUGUUGGAACUUGUGGGAGAGGAUAUGAGGUCUAUCCAGACUCUGAAUGCAUUAUCCCGCGUCAACCGCCGGUUCCGCAACGUAUUCGAGCCCCUGCUCUACCGCCAGUAUUCUCGUUGCGCCCCACCUGGUCCCGCCGUGUGCUGGGCAGCACGGUACGGCAUGAUGGCUACGUUGAAGAGGUGCCUUCAAUAUGGCGCAGAGAUUCCAACCUGUACGCCUCUAAUGCAGUACGGCCGGGCUAAAGACCACCGGUACCUCUACGGAUCAAGCGUUGCCUGGUCCGUUGAAAAUCCGCCACAUCCUCACCCCCUGUGCCUCGCGGUACAGGGGGGUCAUCUGGCGAUGGCUGAAUUGCUUUUGGACCGGGGUUGUGAUGCAAAUAUGCUCAACCCGGGGGCAUUCUCCUUGGUCUCGCUGGCGGUAAUCAACAACCACGUCCAGUUAGUUGAUAUGCUCCUGCGCCGAGGAGCGAGCCAAAGCUUCCGGCUCGAGGCAAUUUCGUGCCCAAUUCAGAUUGCUGCCUUCCUAGAAAAUGAGAGAAUGGUUGAGUUGCUUUGGGCGUACGGCUCGGAAUGUCUGCGAAGUCAUUUAGAACUGGACUAUGCUCUGGAGAGUGCCAUGGCAAUGAAGCAUAAGGAGACCACCCAUCUCCUGAUAAAUUAUGGAGCAGAAGUAGACACCAAGUUCCAUAGCCACGGCUCGAUAACGCCCCUUCAGUUGGCGACAGAAAUUGGGGAUGUUGAUUUGGUGCAACUGCUGCUUAGUAAAGGAGCUCGUCCCGACUAUGCUUUCCACGACAGGGAGUGUGCCCUGGUACGGGCAGCUUUGAAAAACGACGCAAAGAUUGCAAGUCUUGUGGUGGACGGCAGUUCGCGCAGGGCCAAGACGAUGGCUCUUGCCUUUAGCGUGGAGCACCCAGACGGAUGCAUUGCUCGGCGUCUACUUGCCCAUGGAGCGCCUCCAGAGUUUAUCGACGAAGACUACGGCGAUAUUUUCCCCACUCCGGACGAAAACUUCUACCUCAUCCCGCCCCUCGUUCGGGCAGUCAAUGCGAGGCAUGGCCAUUCAGCCCGGCUCCUCGUAGAGCAUGGCGCGAGCGUCAACACCGACUACGAGGGGCUUGUACAGAGCCAGUCUUCUCGGCAAUCAGGCUCCCUGCUAAAGCUAGCCAUGGACCUUGGAGAUGAGGAGAUCAUAUCAUUCCUCCUUGAGCAUGGGGCGCAAGAGGAAGUCCAAACCCGCUAUGACAGGUGGAGGGAAAUGGCGGAGGAAGAUAAUUCAAGGCUAGGCAAACAGAAGGAAAGAAGGCAAUUGCGGCGAAAUAUGGGCCUGAAAAUCUAUCAAAGUUCUAGGGAAGCGUAA